ACUCAAGUCAAGUCAGUCAUAAUCGCCUGCCUUACCUUAAAUUUAGCUACUACACUGUAGUAUGUGAAUAGCAGCAUGCUACACGAAUUUCGCUCUUCAUAUUGAUUUCUUUAGACGGCUCUUAUUUACAAUAUUCACGGUUUUGUCAGCCAGUAGUGGCAUUUAGGCGUGAAAGUAGACAUAUUGGUAUUUUAGUUAGCGUGUGAUAACUUGUGCAACGACUUCAGAUACGAGCAAGGUCUCGGGACAAGGCAUCACCUUUUGGAAGGACAGAUUUGACACAACUUUCAGACACAUUUUCACCAGGUUGAACUCUUCGAUAGCUUCUAUGUUCCUUCUAUAGGCUAGUGUUGGACUGUCCUCUUGGCGUAUGUGUCUGUUUGUCACAUUCCCUCUGGAAGUCUAUGGAGAGAAUUCGUUCAACUUGGAUGUUAUCCUCACGCGACUCUGGAUUUAGUUACGUACUGUGAGAGGUACACGCGUAACCCCCAGAGACCAGACGUUGAAUGUUGACUUUACGACAAGAGUAGUCGAAAACACCUGACUUUACCCGAUUUGAAUGCCUGUGCAAGGAUUUUGUUGGUUUCUGUGCUGCAGGCAGGGUUUCAAUUUGCUCGGACGGGACUAUGGGGAGAAAGAGGAGGAAGAAUCUUUUGAGUUGCGCAACAAGGAGGAUCUGACUCGCAACGGACGUGGUCCACUUGAGGUGACUCUCUCUCAGCCGACUCGCACAGCCAAUGGGACAAACGGACACAGUCUGUCAGAGGUUCCUGAUGAGAUGAAGAGUCUGAUCAUAGAGAAGAGCAAGAUGGGCCUUGAAGAAGACCCCGAGCUGCUGGUCAAAGGCUGGCUGUUCCGGGAGGUGCGUGGAAGCUGGAUCAAGCAGCGAUGCUACUGGUUUGUACUGAGCCAGGACUCCUUAGACUACUACAGCAGCUCAGAGAGAGGAGCCCGCAGACUGGGAACACUGGUGCUCACCAACCUCUGCUCUGUCAUCUGGCCAGACAAACAGACCUUCAAGGAGACGGGGUACUGGAGCAUCACAGUGUAUGGGCGUAAGCACUGCUACAGGCUGUACACCAAGCACUUCAACGAGGCUGUGCACUGGGCCUGCGCUGUCCAGAAGGUUAUCGACACAAAAGCCCCCGUGGAGACGCCCACUCAGCUCCUGAUCCGAGACAUUGAGGAGAACAAGUUUAACCCUGAGGUGGUAGAUAAUAUGUACCAGCACAACCCCAUCCUGAAGCACACCCAGAGCCCCCUGUACGCCCCCCUGCUGCCCUUCCCUUACGGCAGCCUGGAACACACCUACCACAGUGGUAAGGGCUAUGCCACGGUGCGGGAGGAAGCUGUGAAGCUCUUCAACUGUCUGCAGCAGCUGGAGUGUGCGCGGGACCCGGUGCCUCUGAUCCAGGGCGUGCUGCAGACCUGUCUGGACCUGCGGCCGCUCCGGGACGAGGUCUACUGCCAGCUGGUGAAGCAGACCAGCUGCACGCCGCAGCCCCACACCGCCGCACACCUCCGCUACUGGCAGCUCCUCACCUGCAUGAGCUGCACCUUCCUGCCCGGCCCCGCCGUGCUUAAAUACCUGCGCUUCCACCUCAAGAGGAUCCAGAGCCAAUUUCCGGAGUCGGAGAUGGAUAACUAUGCGUCGUUCAUCGGGGAGGCUCUGGAGAAGACACGGUGUCGGGAAUGUGUUCCUUCCUGGGAGGAGAUCCAGGUGCUGAUGGGGAGACAGGAGAUGCUGUGUACAGUUCACUACCCGGGACCAGGCUCCUGUCAGCUUCACAUCAGCUCACACACCACCGCCAACGAGGUGGUAAGGAGGAUGUUGGAGAAGCUGGGUCUGAAGGAGAGCAGAAACACUUUUUCCCUGUUUGAGCAGAACGCCCACUGGGAGAGAGCUGUAGGGGGCAGCACCAUCAUCGCUGACAUCCUCACCAGGUUUGAAAACCUGUCUGCCAAAGAACCAGACUCAGACUCCCAGUGGAGGCUCUGCUUCAAACUCUACUGCCUUCUGGAUGCUGACGCCAUAUCUGUCGACAGCAUCGAGUACUUCUUCCUCUUUGAGCAGUGCCAUGAGAUGGUGGUGCGAGGUCAGCUCCCAGCCUGUGAGGAGGACCUCCAGACCCUGGCUGCCCUGCGGCUUCAGUCUGUGAUCGGGGACUUCAGCACCCACUCCCCCUGCCCCCCUCUGGACGAGCUCUUCCCCGGCCACAUGGUGGAGGCCCGGCUCCUCAUGCCCCCCUGUGCCCCCCCUGCCCUCCUCCCCGCCACCCAGCCCCCGGUCCAGGGCUGCCCCCAGCGCUUCCCCGGGGGUCUCCUGGGAGGGACGUUGUGGAACCAUACGGCCACUGCAGCCCACAAGCAGAAGGUGGAGCAGAACCUGCGGCUACGCAGCCGUCUGAAGGAGGAGGCUGCGGCCAUCAUGAGCACCAUUGUGGAGUGCUGGAAGGGCCUGGCCGGGUACAGCAGGAGGGACAGUAUGACUGCCUACCUCACCAUCGCACGACAGUGGUCUGGCUUUGGCUGCACACUCUAUGAGGUGGACUUCUAUAUUAGUUCGACAGGUAGUUUCUCUCAGAAGCUGUGGCUGGGUGUGGCAGCGACGUGUGUGUCUCUGUACAGGCAGGGCGAGGCAGAGGCUCUGGAGUCCUUCCCCUACGGACAGAUCUGCUCCUACGGCGUGUCCGACAGCAACACCUUCAAGAUCACCGCCGGCGACCGAGACCUGCUGUUUGAAACUACCAAACUGACUGAGAUCAUGCAGCUGAUGAAUGCCUAUUUCAGUGCCAUCCGUCGCCAGCGUGGGAGGGGCGACGACGUGGUGAGCAUCACAGAGGGUACUGCCAUCGAGGUGGGCUUCCACCACCUCCCCCCGACACCCACCCCCACCCUGCUGGAGCUGCCCUCGCACCCCGUGUGAUGGGUGCCCCUUCCCCCUGUCCUCAGCUCACACGCAACCUCCUCGGAGCCCAGCCCCAGCCUAGCAGACCCUGCGCCUGCUUCCUCCACCUCCUCCACUGGGAACAGCACCACAGCCAAAACAAAGAGAGGGCUGUUUUUACUCCUCAUCCGUGACAAUAAACCUCGCUGGGCUUUCCAACUGAAGGAGCGAGAAGGGGAGGAGCCUGUUUUGUAAGUGAGGCUAGAAACCCACAGAAACCAAUGUGGGUGUUGAUGAGGUGUCGCCACCUCCCCCCUUCCUGCCACUCAACCUCUGUGCUCACAUGGGAGAACCAGCACCCCGACAACGUGAGGCACUGGACCCGAAGCUGUGGCUCCUUAUCUCCUAGAACUCACAAAGCCAUACUUCAGGGAGACACACUGUUGCCUAGACACGAGUUCAUCUACAGUUCCCCAACCAGUUACACCGCUCACCUAGAGACACUCUGCAGAGCAGAGGACAAACUGUGAACGUGCCUCUGCUAUGUUGUUCUACAUGUGGUGCUCUGCCUUUCCUAGAAUAUCCCUCAUGCAAUAGAAAGGGUGACUGACUCACACCCACACUUUCACCUCCUCUCUGUCUCUCUCUCUCACAUACACACUCUGAAAGGGUCUGUUUUCAUAAAGACCCCAGCCAGGCUUCCGUUACCUAGAACUGUCGAUGUAGCAAACCGUGUGAACUUGUACUAGAUGAUGGAGCUCAGUAAGUCACUCUGGCUGUCAUGGACAGAACUGCUCCUGCUGGUACUGUCAGCUGGGUGGGAGAGACUACUGGAUGGGACAAUUUGAUUGGACAAGAUGUUAUAAAGGAUCCAGCCUAAUGCUGUGUAACAGAAACUAAAGGAUCUUGGGAUAUGACUGGUCUGUUGUUUCUACCAAACACUGAUUUCUCCCCCUUUGUAAACUUGCUGUUUGCCCAAGCUAUCACCCCAACAUGAAACUAUGGCUAACACUUGAUAGGAGCCUUUUAAAGGUCUUGUCUGUUCAUUUUUAAUAGUUAAGUGAUCCAAUAUUGAUCUUAUAUCGAGGCCUAAACCUCCAAUUUAAGGGUGGAACUGUUAUUUCCCAGUCUCUGUUUCAGUGGGGAACAUAUUCCGUGUGGAUGGAAAUUAGCUAGCUGUCCGCACUCUGAAGAAUUGACGUACUCACCUAACCCCCAGCCAGUAACAUGGACCAUCACAACCACAAUGCAGACCCCUGUCUUUUCUCUGCUGUGCCGACACACAGAACCAAUGCUGUCCUGACUAUUGAUGAGUUCUUAGUAUUAUUUAUGUACUGUUUGGUGUAGUCUUUUUAUUUCAUAUGUCUUAAAUAAGAACCUAGCUGUUUGUGUUGUUUAAAAAAAAAAGUAUGGCCUUGAAAUGAUCCCAUUAACAUCUCAUCUAGAUCCAUUAGGUCACUGUACUGAUCAGCCAUGUGAUACUAUAAUAGCUUAAGGGCUCUAUUCAAUCCGUAUCGUAGAUGUUCAGCGUUUAAGAGCGUGAUUGAAGUUUAAAGGCAAUGUUCCCGCAUUGGCAGAGACUGCAUUCACGGCAUGAGUCUACUCAAUUGGAAAUGACUUUUCUAUCGCGCAAUCAGCAACACAGAUUGAAUAAAGUCCUAGACUACUUUUUUUUUUGCCACAAAACCACAGGACAUUUCCUAUCUGUGUUCACUUCUUGGCUGGUAGACUUUGUUCAUUUAAAGUAACUAAAAAGUGGUGUUUGAGCAUGGACCAAAGAUGAGUUCUGCUGUAAGCUUUCUCCAGAGAAUAUACCCAGACGUUAGAAAGUUACACCCCACCGUCAUUUAGACCAAUAGAAGUUUUAGUCAUGUAAUACAGUAGUCGAUUAGGAACCCAGGCUGUGGUGGGAUUUUAUUUCCCCCAGCCAGACUUGGAGGUCUUCCUCAGGAGGAAGGACCCACCAUGGCACAGCCAGCCCUGCCUCCUGCCCAUACGAUAUGCAGGCAGUCACUGUCCAGUCAGGCCCUCGCUUUUUAUACUGCAGCUGCAGGCAGCUACGCUCACGGUCUCGGAGAUCCCUCCCUCCGUGUAACUAUGAAAAGGAAGACGACAGUCUAACCUGAAGCUCGCUUUGUUUAAAGCUUGUUUGUGCACCGCAUGGUACCUUCUGUGUGUAAUAUGUGUCUAGUUAAUUGCACUAUUGUAUUUUGUUUUUUAACUAACUUGGAUGUGCAAUAAGUAAUCUAUAAAGACUAUGUAAUUAAUUAAAAAGCAGCACCAUUGUA